CCCUCCAGCCCCACCCCCGACCGGCCCUAAGGUUGUAAAAUCCUCCUCCAGUGCCCCUGCUUUUACUUGGUUCACUUCCUCCUCCCGCCAGUGCCUUUUUGUGACAGCCACACAUCGCAAGUGAAACUGAUCCGGGGCUCUGUCACGACACGACACCACAGCAGACUUGGUGCUUUGAGUUUCACCGUUUGCUGUCUGGCCCACUGCGAGAGGAAGGGGAAGCAGCCGGGUUCGGCGGACGGAGGGGAAUACCAGUCCUGGUUGUGUUCCAGCAAGGAGACUGCUGAAGAUGAGAAAGUCGCUAGUGCUUAUCCCAAUACUUCUGGCUUUGCACUCCGUCUGUAGCCAGCUCGAGUAUUCUUUCGAAGAAAUAAAUACUUUCAAGAAAUGGAUGAUAAUGCACAACAAAGACUACAGCACAGAGGAGUAUACCGACAGGAUGCACACUUUCAUCCAGAACAAGAGAAAGGUUGAUGCUCACAACAGUGGCGAACACUCCUUUCAGAUGGGUCUCAACCAAUUUUCUGACAUGACCUUCAGUGAGUUUAAGGAACUAUACUUGAUGAAAGAACAACAGAACUGUUCAGCUACCCGGGGGAACCACUACACGAAAGAUGGCCCAUUACCCAAGUCCAUAGAUUGGAGAAAAAAAGGAAAUUAUGUCACGCCCGUGAAAAAUCAGGGUGCAUGUGGGAGCUGUUGGACAUUUUCCACUACGGGGUGCUUGGAAUCUGCAAUUGCAAUAAGGUCCAAACAUCUUCUUACACUGGCAGAACAACAGCUCAUAGACUGCGCUCAGAACUUCAACAACCAUGGCUGCUCAGGGGGUCUGCCAAGUCAAGCCUUUGAAUACAUAAAGUACAACCAUGGGUUAGAAACAGAAAAGGAUUAUCCUUAUGAAGGAAGGAAUGCAACUUGCAGGUUCCAGGCCAGCAAAGCCGCUGCGUUUGUCAAGGAUGUGGUCAAUAUAACAGAGUACGAUGAAAAUGGCAUGGUAGAUGCUGUGGCAAGAGUCAACCCUGUCAGUUUUGCUUUUCAAGUGACUGACGAUUUUCUCAAUUACCACAAAGGCAUUUAUUCCAACAAACACUGCGCUUCGACCCCAGACAAAGUGAACCACGCCGUGUUAGCAGUGGGCUAUGGAGAGUCCAACGGGAAAAAGUACUGGAUUGUGAAGAACUCCUGGGGUUCUGGCUGGGGAAUUCAUGGCUAUUUCUACAUUGAACGAGGAAAGAACAUGUGUGGAUUGGCUGCAUGUGCAUCCUAUCCCAUCCCCAAGCUCUGACGUGAUGAAUGGUCCAGCUGCAGCUGAAUCCCAAGGAGACAUCGAAUCGUAAAAUGAAAGGCUGAUUACUGCUUAGCAAUAUAUUAAAUAUGUGUCUGUUUUGUUUUCAAUCACUUCAGUAUAACUUACACUUAAGUAAAAAUGACAGUGUUCAUACUUCUUCAGAUUUAAAUACUCUUGUGAGUACAAAAUAAUCCCUAACGUCCAAAUUUUACAUUUACUCUGCAUGAAAUUCAGUUGAACUGGAGCAAUACACAUUUGACAAAAUGGAUCUCACCCGGCACAUGAAUGUUUUUUUUGCUUUAAUCUAAAACCUGAUUGACUUGUUGAAUCAAAUAUUAAUAUCUGCUAUGAAAAGAAAUAGUUUUACGUAGAAGACAACAAAAUAGAGUAUUUCUGACACUGAGUUCACUGGUCAGGAUUCUGUAGGAAAAGCUUAAUAAAUAAAACAUUGAUUUAAAAGAAAAAGUUUGAAAUCAACAAUAAUCUCAAGGAGCUCUGUUCGGAGCAGAGGCAGGUUAAAGUUUUAGGUGUAGCCUUGUCGUCAGAACUGGAAAAGAGGGGUUAUGUAGCCCUCUUCAUAAAACUUAGACAAAGAAGUACUGACUUCAAAAUGCAUUUUUUGAGAGCACACACAAAACUCAGUAUAAUACAAAAAGCAGCAGCUUUAACUUGUGGAUGUCCUCUCUGAAAUAACCAAGUACAAACACUCAGCAACUAAAUCCCAACAUACAGUCUCAUCUUUGCCCCAAAACAUUCAACAAACCAUUUAAAAAAAAACCUUAGAAGGAUUUAGAAAGAAGGAAACUCUAUAAGCCUAACAGGUGAUAUUUUUGAAAAAAAUCAAAAAGCAAAAUAUUUCAGGGUGCUAAAAAAUCUGAAGUAAAAGCAGAAAAUGCUGGAAAUACCUAACAGGUCAGUCAUCUAGAGAGAUGAAAAGAAUAAAGUUUCAGAUUGGUUUCUUUUGUCAGAAUCACGUAGCUUCCCACUGUUGGCCACACUCUAAAGGCAAUGGUUGUAUGUCCUCUCUCUCCCCGACCAGAUCCUUUCUGCAGAAUUCCUGUUGUUUGCGUUUUUAAAUUCAGAUCCUUUCAUGUUCCCUUUCUCCCUCUCCAGAUCCUCUCACCUUCUCUCUCUAUCUCUCCCCCCUCCCCCUCUCUCCCCCUUCCUCUCUCCCCCCUCAGCUCCUUUCACGUCCUCUUUCUCUCCCCAUCUAAUCUUAUUCCCCAUGAACGAAGGGUGCAACAACCAGAAUCCUGUGAGUCAAACCCUAGUUGGGUAUAGGAAUGCCAGUUUCGUCAAUGUACAAUUUUUGUGGAUUCUAAGCAUUUUCUGUUUUUAUUUAGAAAAAUCUGAGACACAUUCACACUGUGAAGCAUUCUUAUGUGUGGCAAUACAAGUAGAUUUACAGUUGCUGCAAUUUGAUUGUAAAUCAUGUAUUCUGUUCUUUUUCAAUUACAGUCAGCAUCAGUCAUCAGCUGUUUGUUAGUUAUUUUAGUGUUAUUAGUUGAAAGGUUACAGGUUACAGUCUUAAAGCAUAAUUGCUUUCAUUCAAAUGCUUACCAAUGGAAGCUGUUCAAUCCUGAGUUUUUUUCAGCUCAACUGUAUCAGCUCCAGCUUCAGUAACACUCAAUACCCUUCAACAAAAAUCAAUAUCAAAUUUAUAUUUCCUAUUGACUUCCAUGCUCUACAUCUUUUAAGGAGAGAGGAAUCUAGAUUUCCACACCUGCUUAACACCCUCAGAUAUUCCAAUGUUAUUUUCAUACAGAGUUUGAAUUAAUUGUUACGUUUUUGUACAUUAAUCAUGUUUCUUUCAUGGCUAUAAAGUUUGUAUCCUUUUGCAAGCAAGUGUCCAGUUUUCUUUAAUGAGGUGACAUUGUGUAAUGUUCAGAAUAAGAAUCAAGUUUAAUAUCACCAGCAUAUGUUGUGAAAUUUGCUAACUUUGCAGCAGCAGUACAACACAAUACAUAAUACAGUAGUAGAGAAAAAACUGAAUUACAGUACUAAUAUAUAUAUUAAAUAAUAAGUAGCACAAAAAAAAAGAAAUAAAGAAGUGGUGAGGUCGUGUUCAAGGGUUCAAUGACUAUUUAGAAAUAGGAUGGCAGAGGGGAAGAAGCUGUUCCUGAAUUGUUGUAUGUGUGUGCCUUCAUUCUUCUUUACCUCCGUCCUGGCAGCAAUGAGAGGGGGGCAUGUCCUGGGUGAUGGGGUGCCCUUGAUGAUGGACACCUCCUUUUUGAGGCCCCGCUCCUCGAAGAUAUUCUGAAUACUACGGAGGCUAGUGCCCAUGAUGGAGCUGACUAAUUUUCCAAGUCUCUGCAACUUACUUCGAUUCUGUGCCCUACCCCUCAUCAGAUGGUGAUGCAGACUGUUAGAAUGCUCUCCACAGUACAUCUGUAGAAGUUUGCAAGUGUAUUUGGUGACAUACCAAAUCUCAAACUCUUAAUAAAAUAUAGCCGCUGUCUUGCCUUCUUUAUAGCCGCAUCGAUAUGUUGGGUCCAGAUUAGGUCCUCAGAGAUAUUGACACCCAAGAACUUAGAACUGCUCACUCUUUCCACUUCUAAUCCCUCUAUGACGAAUGUAUGUGUUCCCUUGUCCUACCCUUUCUGAAGUCCACAAUCAGUUCUUUGAUUACUGACGUUGCCUGCAAGGUUGUUGCUGCAUUACCACUCAACUAACUGGUAUAUCUCACUCCUGUAGCGUCCUCUUGUCACCAUCCGAAAGAUUCUGCCAACAAUUUGUCAAGCUCUUUAUAUCCAGCAAUUGUGUGGGCAUGUUAUAUUGGUGCCAGAAUGUGUGGUGACAUUUGCAAAUUGCCCCAGCACAUCCUUAGGUUAAAGAUUGGCUUUAUUUGUCACGUGUACAUCGAAACAUACAGUGAAAUGCGUCACUUUCAUCAAUUCAAAUCAGUGAGGGUUGUGCUGGGCAGCCUACAAGUGUCACCACCCUUCCUUCGCCAACAUAGCAACUGUAUGUCUUUGGAAUACCGGGAGGAAACACACAAUCAUCAGGAAAUUCUACAAAUUCUUCACAGUCAGUGGCAGGAAUGGAACUCCAGCAGUAACCACUGGCGCUGCAAUACAGAUUGUG